UCUUGCGCACGCGCGCACCAGCCUGAUAAUUGCGGAUUGACACGCAACUCAGUCAGCUGACCUGUCUUGUGAUAUCAGCUAGGCCGGAGACACUGAAGAUCGGACUCGUCGUUGGGUGGACCGACAUUCGGAAACAUCGCAUCUUGCACACGCAUAAAUAACUGUUCAAAAUGACGAACCAAGGCUUGCUGAAGAUAGCGAAUGAAGAACGGGAGGGCAAGUUUGGAUAUGUCUAUGCCGUGUCUGGUCCUGUGGUUACAGCUGAAAAAAUGGCUGGGUCAGCUAUGUAUGAAUUAGUACGAGUCGGUUACUACGAGUUAGUAGGGGAGAUCAUCAGAUUGGAAGGAGAUAUGGCUACUAUACAAGUAUACGAAGAGACAAGCGGUGUCACAGUUGGUGACCCUGUGCUUCGUACUGGAAAGCCACUUUCAGUCGAAUUGGGACCUGGCAUACUCGGCAGUAUCUUCGACGGUAUUCAACGUCCGCUCAAAGACAUUAACGAGCUCACAAGCUCGAUCUAUAUCCCGAAAGGUAUCAACGUGCCUGCUCUGUCGCGUACAGCCUCUUGGGAAUUUAAUCCGCACAACAUCAAAAACGGCAGUCAUAUCACGGGCGGUGACCUGUACGGUGUCGUGUACGAGAAUACCUUGGUGAAGCAUUUGAUGCUUAUACCGCCCAAAUGCAAAGGCACUGUCACGUACGUCGCUCCUGCUGGCAACUACACAGUUGACGAUGUCGUACUCGAGACGGUAUUCGACGGCGAGAGACAAAAAUAUACCAUGCUUCAGGUAUGGCCAGUCCGUCAACCUCGUCCGGUCACGGAAAAAUUGCCAGCUAAUCAUCCUUUACUCACUGGCCAACGUGUUCUGGACUCUCUCUUCCCAUGCGUCCAAGGCGGAACCACGGCUAUUCCCGGUGCCUUCGGCUGUGGCAAGACCGUUAUCUCGCAAGCCUUGUCCAAGUACUCCAACUCCGACGUUAUCAUCUACGUAGGUUGCGGCGAACGUGGUAACGAGAUGUCCGAGGUAUUGCGCGAUUUUCCCGAGCUGACCGUGGAGAUCGAUGGUGUCACCGAAUCCAUCAUGAAACGUACCGCUUUGGUAGCCAACACAUCCAACAUGCCCGUAGCCGCGCGUGAGGCCUCCAUUUACACCGGUAUCACAUUGUCCGAAUACUUUCGUGACAUGGGUUACAAUGUGUCGAUGAUGGCGGACUCGACGUCGCGUUGGGCCGAGGCUCUCCGAGAAAUUUCAGGACGGUUGGCCGAAAUGCCUGCUGAUUCUGGUUAUCCUGCCUACCUCGGUGCUCGUCUGGCUAGUUUUUACGAACGCGCCGGAAGGGUUAAAUGUUUGGGAAAUCCAGAUCGUGAGGGAUCUGUCAGCAUUGUGGGCGCUGUCUCACCGCCAGGUGGUGACUUUUCCGAUCCUGUGACUAGCGCGACACUUGGUAUCGUACAGGUGUUCUGGGGAUUGGACAAGAAACUUGCGCAACGUAAGCACUUCCCGUCUAUCAAUUGGCUCAUAUCGUACAGCAAGUACCUACGCGCGCUGGACGAUUUCUACGACAAGAACUUCCCGGAAUUCGUGCCGCUGAGAACGAAAGUGAAAGAAAUCCUGCAGGAAGAAGAGGAUCUGUCGGAAAUUGUACAACUAGUAGGCAAGGCCUCCCUCGCCGAGACGGACAAAAUCACGCUCGAAGUGGCGAAGUUGCUGAAGGACGACUUCUUGCAACAAAACAGCUACUCGCCGUACGAUCGUUUCUGUCCGUUCUACAAAACUGUGGGAAUGCUGCGAAAUAUGAUUGCAUUCUACGAUAUGGCGAGACACGCGGUCGAAUCAACAGCGCAGUCAGACAAUAAAAUCACGUGGAACGUUAUUAGAGACAGCAUGGGCAAUAUUCUCUAUCAGUUGAGUUCCAUGAAGUUCAAGGAUCCUGUUAAGGACGGUGAGGCGAAAAUUAGAUCGGAUUUCGAUCAGCUGCACGAAGACAUUCAACAGGCAUUCAGGAAUUUAGAGGACUAAAUUCCUAAACGUCAUUUGUUAAAAGCAAUUUUAAGAUAUUGAUCGUUCUGUAAUCGUUUGGCUCUAACAUUUAAGGAUGUCCCGGUCUAAUCUGCAAAGAUAAACCCGUAAUCGAUUACUGUGUAUGUUAUUUUUUGUCGAAUUUACGUCAUCCUUGUGCCCGUCUUCGAAGUGGAAUUGUAAAUAGAGAAGCUAACCAACGGUAAAACCUCCUGAUACUCUGUAUAUCACAACAGCGAAAUGUCAUUCGAACGAAGCCAAGUCACAUGUACGUGACGGUUGAGACAAUAAAGUGGGACAUUCUUAAAUGCACUCGCAGCGUGUUCGAUGGAUACGCUCCGCGUUCUCGAGAGUCGGGCACGCCCGGCUCGAGAGGAGGGCUACCUGUAAUUAGUCUGUUAUAUGAGAAAGAAAGUGACUUUUUCCCCUUACAGAGAGAUAUACUUUCGUCCGUUCUUUCUGCUUUGUUGAAGAGACGCAAAUGUGUAUUAGCUGGGAAAUUAAUAUUCCCAAUGUUCUCUAUGUAUGUAUAAUAUAAACGAAAGUAAAUAAGAACGGUUCUCCGUCUCAUCCUGCCGUGCGGCGAUUGGAGGGACUCAAUGUACGCGUAACCGCGAUAAGGUCACGUGCUGAUAUCACCGGAUGACGCGGCAGCUGUUACUCGCAAGAGAUCGAAUCGUGGAGUAUUAAACACGCUGUAACAUAUGAUGUAUUAUUUAAAGACGAUAGAUAAUAAUGGCAAACGUUACAUACACAUGAUGGAGCACAUUAUUAUUAUUAUUAUUAUUAUUAUUAUUAUUAUUAUUACUACUUUAACGACGAGACGUUACGGGCAUGAUUUAAGAGUUUAACGAAAAUGCACGAUAUCUUUAGACACAUCUGUAUGACGGACUGAGGUACGAGGGGUCUUCAGUAUCGUGAAGAUACAAUGAAAACGAAAAAAAUGUGUGCAUGACCUGUAUUCCAUUGAUUUCGACAUCAUUUCCAUUGUAUGAUAUGUAAGAAAGAAAAAAAAACAAUAAAUAUUAUGCACAAGAGGAUGAUCGCGAAGCAAACUCGAGAGAGAGAGAGAGAGGGGGGGGAGGAUGCAGGGCAAUGUUACGAACCGACGAAUAAACCGCUUUCAAUAGAUUUCGUUUUAAUAAUAAUUAUUAUAUAACAAUAACCUCGCGAUAUGUACAUCAACGAUAUAUUACAUUUCGGUCUUUAACA